AUGUUGGAAGGACUGGUCGCCAACCUGCUCAAUCGCUUUCUGGGCAUGUAUGUCAAGAACUUCGACCCCAAGCAGCUGAAUGUCGGUAUCUGGUCCGGUGACGUCAAGCUCCGAAAUCUUGAGCUCCGGCGAGAGGCUCUUGAUCAACUACAUUUGCCGAUCAAUGUCGUGGAAGGUCGGCUAGGAGAGUUGACCCUCUCAAUACCCUGGUCCAACCUCAGAGGAAAACCUGUCAAAGUCAACAUCGAGGAUGUCUUCCUCCUCUCGGCGCCCAAGCAGGAGGACGAUUAUGAUGCGGAAGAGGAAGAAAAGCGGGCGGUGGCUGUCAAGCUAGAGAAACUCGAGAGCGCCGAGUUGUUGAAGGACCGCAACACCGAGGCCAUGAGCCCUGAGGAGCAGCAAAAGAACCAAUCUUUCACCCAGAGCUUGGCCACGGCCAUCGUCGACAAUCUCCAAGUCAGCAUCAAAAAUGUUCACAUCCGGUAUGAAGAUUCAAUUGCCACCCCGGGUCACCCCUUCGCCGUGGGUCUCACCUUGAAGGAGAUGAGUGCUGUGAGUACUGAUUCGGAAUGGCGUCCAACUUUCAUCCAAUCCUCAUCCGGAACCACUCACAAGCUCGCCGUGCUGAACUCCCUGGCCCUGUACUGGAACAGUGACGCCGACCUAUUUGGGACCGGCAAAGGUGGACAAGUCGGUGCAGAUGCACAGGAGAUCGACAAAGACGAGCUGAUCCAAAAAUUCAAGGAUGGCAUAGAAGACACAGGGAACUCACAAUACCUCCUGAAGCCAGUCAGCGGACGUGCUGGAAUCGAAAUGGACAAAAGUGGGAAAAUCGACCGACCGAAAAUAAAAGCUCGUCUUUUGUUCCAAGAGCUCGGUUUUAUCCUCGAUGAAGACCAGUAUCGCGAUGCCUUGAUGCUUGUCGAUCUCAUGCAUUAUUUCGUCCGCCAUCACGAGUUCAAAAAGGACCAGCCUGAAGCAAGUCCCAAGGAGGAUCCCAGAGCAUGGCUCAAAUUUGCUGGAUCUUCGGUUCUGAACAGAAUUCACGACCGCAAUCGCAAAUGGACCUGGGAUUAUUUCAAAGAACGCAGAGACACGAGGCUCAAAUACAUCGAUCUCUUUAAAAAGAAGAAGAGGGAAGAAAAAUUGACAGACGAGGAGACGAAGAAUUUGAAUGAUAUCGAGUACACAUCAAGUUACGAGGACUUGCGGUUCUGGAGGUCGCUUGCUCGCAGUCAGUUGAGGAAGGAGAACAUCGGGGUCAAGAAAGCGCCACAAAAGCAAACAUGGUCCGCUUGGGUCUGGGGUUCCAAGCCGGCAGAUACCCAGGGCGAUGACCAGGCAGGAAUGACUGAGGAACAGCUUAAGGAGCUGUACAAUGCCAUUGACUGGGAUGAAAAAAAGGCCAUCGCCGACAGUGUCAGCUUGCCGCGAGAAACCGUCAAGUUACAGCUGGAGUCGAGUCUGAGAACAGGCAGUUUCACAUUGAAACGAGAUCCUCACGGAAAAGAAAAUGAGAUCCUCCGGCUCGUCUUUGAUAACUUCAGCGCAAAGGCCCUGCAACGCCCGGACUCCAUGUUGGUUGACUUGUCCCUCGGCGGCUUUCGUAUGUACGAUGGUACGACCGAGGGUACCUUGUUCCCGCAAAUUGUCAAGGUCAAGGGUAUGGAGGAGCAGCCCAAAGAUGAUCUGCCUGAGGACCAAGGUGAGAACGGCCUGGAGAGCACAAGCGACUCGGGCGAGGAUCAAUCCAAACUCCAUGGCACAGAAGACAGUCUUUUCCAUUUGAUCUUCGAGAACAACCCCCUAGACGAAAGUGCAGACACCAAGAUCAUGUUGAAGGUGAGGAGUCUCGAACUCAUCCACAACCCUCGGUUCGUGGUGGAGAUAGCCAAAUUCUUCAAGCCGCCAGAGCGUCAGAUGGAAUCGAUCGGCGCGCUGCUGGAGACUGCUGGAGCCACCGUCGAGGAAAUUCGCCAACAGACACGAGCCGGACUUGAAUUUGCCCUGGAGGAACACAAGACCAUCAACGCAAAUCUCGACAUCCAGGCUCCUAUUUUCAUCAUUCCAGAGAGCAUCACGAAAGAGAGCACUCUUUGCAUGAUCGUGGAUGCUGGACACGUGAGUCUUAACAGCGAACUGGUCGACAAGGAGACAAUGCGGGACAUCCACGCCAAGCAGAAGCAGCAAUACACCGAGAAGGAUAUCAAACAGUUGGAAGCACUGAUGUACGACAAGUUUCAUCUCCAGCUGGAUUCCACGCAAGUCCUCAUUGGACCCGGCAUCCAGGCAACACGGGCGCAAUUGGAACACCCGGACCAGUCCAAAAACAUGCACAUCAUCGAUCGGAUCAACAUGGCCUUCCUGCUGGAGAAUUCCAUCGUCCCCAAGGCUACAGAUAUCACAAAGAUACGCAUCUCUGGCACGAUGCCGGUUCUGAACGUUUCCAUUUCCGACCAGAAGUACAAGAAUCUGAUGAGGUUACUGGACGUGGCGGUUCCAAAGUUCGAGAGCGAGGAUCCCAAACCAACCGGCAGCGUAGAUGAUCCGAAGCUACGAAAACCUGUUGACGAUCCUAAAGCGAAAAGAAAAUCAGUGCAGCUGCUGGAGGUCAGAAAUGCGCCGAUUCUCGAGCCUGACUCGGAUUCCGAAGAUGCAGUGUCCAAGCCAGUUGACAAGCCCGAAACACCGGCGAAUAUCCAUCAGCGCAAUUUCGAAAUCAAUUUCACUGUGGAAAAACUGCAGGCUUCUCUUUACAAGGCAGAUCCGGACGGUGAAAAGCCGGACCAGUUGUUGGUGGAACUGGUCGCAGAACAUUUCUUCUUUAGUUUCUACCUCCGCCCAUACGACAUGGUGGCAGAGGUGCUCCUCCGGGCUUUAACCGUCGACGACCAUAUUGAAGAGGAUCCGAUCCCAGAGUUCAAGCAGAUCAUUUCUUCCAAAGGCUUCAAAGCGGAGGAGGGCAAGGACUUGUUCAAUAUCAAAUUCGUCAAGGUCAAGCCCGAGUCUCCAGAGUUCAAGUCCACUUAUGAGGGCAUUGCCACCAACCUCGACGUCUCGAUGUCCACGAUCAAUGUUAUUGUAACGAGACGGACGCUUCUGACACUGCUGGACUUUGUGCUUAGCACAUUUGCUGGAUCCGGCCAAGAGCAACCCGGUUCGGUGGAAGAGAAGAGAAACGAGCCAGAAGCAGAAGAUCUGGUUGAGAAUCCACAAGACCCACCACAGGCGGAGAAAAUCAGGAUCAAGGCUCAAUUGACCAGCAUUGCACUCAUCCUGAACAACGAUGGGGUGCGGCUCGCGACACUUUCUUUGAAUUCUGGCGAUGUCGGAAUCUUUCUUGAUGCCGGUACCAUGCAGGUCAAAACAAGACUGGGCAGCCUAUCUCUGGUCGAUGAUAUCAACCAAGGAGCACCUGAGGACUCGUCUCUGCGCCGACUUGUCGCAAUCGAAGGAGAUGACCUGGCAGAUUUCAAGUAUCAGACGUACGAUUCCUCUCGAAGUGACUACCCAGGGUAUGACUCUGGGAUCUAUCUCCGUUCUGGCUCUAUCAAAGUCAACUUCAUGGAAGAACCGUUCCGAAAGAUCAUGGAGUUCGGUGUCAAAUUUGGCAAGAUGCAGGCUAUCUUCAAUGCUGCCCGACAAGCUGCCGCUAACCAAGCCACUCAAGUUCAGCAAAGUGCACAGAAAAUGCACAUUGAUGUGGUAAUCAAGACUCCAAUUGUUGUCUUCCCGCGGGCAAUGAUCGAUGACCGUCCCCGGGACCUUCUGACGGCCUAUCUCGGUGAGAUCUAUGCAAAGAACAGAUUUGUCGGAGUGCAAGGACAAAAGGGCGGACCUCUUGUCAAUAAGCUAUCAGCGGGCAUCAGACACGUCCGUUUGACAACAGAGUUCCACUACGACAAUGGAAUGUCUCAAGAGCUCGAAAUGAUCGAUGGAGUGGACCUGGAUUUCAAAGUUCGGUACCUGGAACACCAAGCAGGUCUCGAGAGACCAGACCUCGAAAUCGAUGGUAAGAUGUCUCCCAUCAAUCUGAGAGCCUCGCAGACGCAGUUCAAGUUCCUCUUGGAGCUCUCCAAGAGUAUCCCCGCUGCGUUCACGCCGGAAGAAGAAUCUGAGGAGGAGAUUGCCAACGAAUUGCCGGAUUCGACAACAGAGCCUGCUAAGGCUGUUCAAUCAGAGGAUACGGUCUCAAAGGAUCUAGCUCCAUCAUUCCAAGGCCCAGAGCUUGGUUCUGGCGACGAGGUUUGGACCAAGUUGAACUUUGUGUUCAAAGCCCCAAUGAUCGGUAUGGAACUCGUCCUCGCACCGGACGACGAGCCGAUUGAAAACUUGGAGGCCGCCAGCAUCUCCAAAUUCUCGAUGAAUGAGACGGAUGUCAAAGUACGGAUGGUCAGCGACGGUGCAUUAGAGGCCGAACUUCUCAUCCAUUCGUUCACGAUCCGGGACAGUCGCUCCAAUGAGUCCAACAAAUUCCGCAAGAUCAUGUCAUUGAUCAAUACCGAUGUCCAACAACAGUUCAUGGCUAGCGUGUCGAUGUCGGGAGGUGCUGAAAGACACAUGAUUGUCAUGCUCACCCUCGAUAGUCCACGCAUAAUUGUUGCUCUGGACUAUGUCUUCGCUCUGCAAACAUUUGCCAACACCGCGUUGCAGUCCGAUGAAUCUCCACAGAUCGCAGAAGUGGAAGAUUUGUCCGCGGAUAGCGAGCAGAGCACACCAGAAGCUGAGAACUCUCCCACAGCCACACCGACGACAGACGAACCACAGACGGAUUCUUCGAUGAGUGUUUCAUUCCGGGUCAACAUAGUAGAUGCCCAAGUUAUCCUCAUCGCCAAUCCGGCCAUCUCCAACACUGAAGCCAUUGUACUGGGGACCAAGGAAAUCCUUGUGUCCCAGCAAAAUGCUACAACUUUGCAGGUGUCAAAGGUCGGGAUGUUCUUGUGUCGAAUGGAUAAGUUCGAGACCAGCCGCCUGAGAAUUUUGGAUGAUUUCAGCGUUCAGAUGUCCAUGGACAGGCGUACUCUGGGCAGAGACUCUUCUCUCACGUCCAUUCAUGUCGAUGUGGAACCACUUGUGCUGCGUUUGUCCUUGCGCGAUAUUCUGCUUGCGAUGCAGAUCGUCGGCAAGGCGUCAGCAACAAUGCCUCAGCCCAAGAUACAAGAACACUCUGAGCCAAGCAAGCUCAAGGAAAUGAAAGCAUCCUCCAAGGCUCCAUCCACGAGACGCAAGUCGAUAGCGGGCAGGACAACCACGACCGCGAGAAGGUCUAAGAGAUCAAAGUCCAUCUCGAAGGCUGAGCCGAAGCAGUCUCCGAAGAAAUCGGUCGUCAUGAGCAGAGAAGAACUAAGUGCGCAGUUCGGCGGUGUGCGAGUGGUCUUGAUCGGAGAUCUUCAUGAACUUCCUCUCCUUGACUGGAGUGUGAAGAAGUUUGACGUCGAUGUUCGUGACUGGUCCGGCGCCCUGACAGCUGACACCAAGUUGGACACCUUCAUCAAUGUGUACAACUUCUCCAAGUCGGCAUGGGAACCUCUCAUCGAGCCCUGGAAGCUGGGCUUUCAUGUGUCCAAGCAACUGCAACCCGAAGUGAUGUCUGUCGAAUUGUAUUCUCACAAGACAAUGGAACUUACCGUAACGUCGGCAACCAUAGCACUCGCCUCCAAGUCAUUCGACUUCCUCUCCACGGACGAGGACAUCCUCUCGAAGCCACGGGUGGCCGACGCGCCAUAUCGCAUCCGCAACUACACCGGCUUCGAUCUCAGUGUCUGGGCAGACGAGAAGAGCGACAAUGCUGCUGCAGCCAAGCUCAAGGAUGGAGAAGAAUAUCCAUGGCGUUUCGAGGACGCAGAAUCAAUGCGUCAGAGCCUGUCACCCGAAGGUAAUGCUGGGUCGGUGGGUGUCAAACUCGAGGGUAGUGGUUUCGAUAGCAUCGGCCGCAUCCCCGUCAUACGGGAAGGGGAAACACUGUACAAUCUAAAGCCUCGAAAAGAGAAUGUGCAGCAUCGGAUGCUCGUCGAAGUGAGACUGGGAGCCGACAAUGUCAAGUACAUCACGUUUCGCUCACCGCUGCUCGUGGAGAACAAAACCCAGAUCCCCAUCGAGGUCGGUGUCUACUCUCCGGAAGACGGCAACCUCCUCAAAAUUGAGAAGAUCCGCCCAGGCGAGGGAAAGCCUGCACCAGUUGGAGCGGCGUACGUGCAUGCGCUCUUGGUCCGUCCAGAUCAAGGCUUCGGUUAUGGUUGGUCGAACGAACACCUUCUCUGGAGAGAUCUUCUCAAGAGGUCCACCAGAGCUCUGACCUGUCAGUCCGAUGGCGGCGAUGGAUCACCUCCGUUCUUCUUUCAGAUGCACGCAUCUUACGACCCCAGGGACCCCAUCACAAAGAAGUAUCCCUACAUGAGAAUCCAGAUAUCGGCACCGGUCGAGGUCCAGAAUCUCCUACCCUACGACUUCAAGUACAGGAUCUACGACAGGAACACGAAGAAAGACUGGACAAACUUUCUGCGCAAGGGGGGAGUGAGUCCCGUCCACGUUGUGGAACUUUCACAUUUGCUUCUGCUCAGCGUCGAGAUGGAGGACAAUCCUUUCAAGCAGAGUGAUUUUGCGAUCAUUAACAGUGACACUCAAGAAGACUUCCGUCGCGAGAAAACCUUACAGCUGAAGGACGAGAAUGGUGCGCAUCUCAAGCUGAAGCUGCACUAUACCAACAUCAAGGACAGCGGAGGUGCAUUUAGGGUGUCCGUCUACAGCCCCUACCUUGUUCUCAACAAGACUGGACUCGACAUGAUGGUGCAAAACAAGGUGCUCUUUGGUUCUUCGAGAACCGUGUCGUCGCAUGGUGCAAAGAUGAGCUCGGACAAGGGCAAAGCUCUUCCAUUGCUGUAUUCUUAUGCCACCGAUGACCGGAGAAACCGAUCUCUCCUGAAGAUUGGCGAUUCCACAUGGAGCAAGCCGCAGACUUUCGACGCGAUCGGUAGUGCCUACGAAGUUGUUUUGCCAUCUUCGUCCACCAAAUCAGAGCUCCACGUCGGCGUAUCCGUGGCAGAGGGCGAGGGCAAGUACAGUUUGACGAAAGUCAUCACCGUGGCACCACGCUUUGUGCUCAAGAACAAGAUCGGAGAAGAUUUGGAGUUGCGCGAACCUGGAUCUUCGGAGGUGAUGAGAGUGAAGAACAAUGAGCUCCUGCCCAUCUAUUUCAUGCGACAAUGCCCGGAGAAGCAAUUGUGUUUGUGCUUUCCAGGUGUUAACAACCACUGGUCGGCGCCAUUCAACCUCUCGAACGUUGGCAUGACACAUGUCAAGCUUGCCAAACACGGCCAGAGACAGAGGCUCGUCCGGGUCGAAAUCAUCCUCGAAGAUGCGACAUUGUUCUUGCAUUUCAGUAUUGAGACCAAACACUGGCCCUUUUCCAUGCGCAACGAAAGCGAUACCGAAUUCUUGUUCUUCCAAGCGAAUCCAAACAUCGCGGAAGAUGAAGAGGAAGAAGAAGACAAGGGUAGUGGAUGGAAGCCCAUUCGGUAUAAACUCCCACCCCGGAGUAUCAUGCCUUAUGCUUGGGACUACCCUGCUUCCAAGAACAAAGAACUGGUCCUCACCGCUCGUGGAAGAGAACGAUAUGUGAAGUUAGUGGAGAUCGGCAACUUGAUCCCCAUCAAGUUGCCGUCGGACCAACCUGGAGGGCCUGCGAAAGUCAUUGAUGUCAACAUUGUCGCAGAUGGCCCGACGCAAACACUGGUGCUGUCCAACUACAAGCCUUCAAGAUCCUUGUACAAGCAGAAGACGGGGCAGAGCACAGCUUCACAAACCAGUGUCAACCAAGGUUUCGAGGUCAAGCAAAUCGAAUCUGAGGUCAGCUUCAAGGCUGAACUGCACUUUGCUGGUAUCGGCAUCUCGCUCAUCAACAGCAACCUCAAGGAACUCAUGUAUCUGACCUUCCGCGAGAUCGAGCUCAAGUAUGGGGAUUCGAGACUGUAUCAGACGGUCAGCUCCACGAUCAAGUGGAUUCAGAUCGACAAUCAACUGUACGGUGGCAUCUUCCCCAUCCUCUUAUAUCCCAGCGUGGUCCCGAAGACUGGCAAGGAAAUGGAAGCACAUCCCAUCUUCCAUACCAUGCUUACUCGCGUCAAAGACGACUCUUAUGGCGUGCUCUAUGUCAAGUACGCGACGCUCCUUCUUCAGCAGAUCACGGUUGAGCUGGAUGAAGACUUCAUUUUCGCCAUGCUUGACUUCUUGAAGGUUCCUGGAGCCUCGUGGGCGGAGGAGAAGGAAGGCAAGCUAUGCGACGAGGAUCUAGAUGUACCGGAACCUACCAGGGAGGAGCAAGGACAGGACGUCUACUUUGAGCUGCUCCAUCUUCAACCGAUCCAGCUGGAUUUGUCGUUUGUCAGAACCGAGCGCAUCAACGCCGAAGACACCUUCGUGAACAGUCCGUUGAUGUUCUUCGUGAAUGUCAUGACCAUGUCGAUCGGCAACGUCAACGAUGCUCCCAUCAAGCUGAAUGCGCUUAUGCUGGAAAACGCCAGGAUCUCGGUGCCGGCUCUCAUGUCAAACAUUCAAAACCACUACACUCAAGAGGUGCUGCGUCAAGUUCACAUGAUUCUGGGUUCAGCAGACUUCUUAGGCAAUCCCGUCGGGCUCUUCAAUAGCGUCAGUUCGGGCGUGGCCGACAUCUUCUACGAACCAUAUCAAGGGCUGGUGAUGACGGACCGGCCUCAGGAAUUAGGAAUUGGUAUCGCCAAAGGAGCUAGUAGCUUCGUCAAGAAAUCGGUCUUCGGGCUGAGCGACAGCAUGGCCAAGUUCACCGGUUCCAUGUCCAAGGGUCUCGCAGCAGCGACGAUGGACAAGGAAUUCCAGGACCAGAGACGCAUGUCGAAGAGCCGGAAUCGUCCCAAGCAUGCCCUAUACGGCGUUACGUCCGGUGGAAAUGCCUUCGCAUCAAGUCUGGCGAGCGGAAUCGGUGGGCUGGCACGGCACCCAUUGGAAGGGGCAGAGAGAGAAGGUGCCCUUGGGUUCGUCAAAGGUGUUGGGAAGGGUAUGCUUGGUCUUGCUACAAAGCCAGCAAUUGGCGCUUUCGAUCUGGCAUCCAAUGUAGCCGAAGGGGUGCGCAACACCACCACAGUCUUUGAUGCCGAGGGUCUUGACCGUGUGCGGUUGAGUCGGUUUAUCGGGAUGGAUGGCAUUGUUCGACCGUAUUCCCAACGCGAAGCCUUGGGACAGUUUUGGCUCAAGACCUCGGAUGAUGGCAAGUACUUCAAUGAGGACUACAUUGCACACUUGGAGCUGGAAGGCCGAGAUAUGAUGGUCGUCGUAACAUACGGCCGGCUGCUCUUGAUUCGGACCAAGAAGCUUCGCAUGGAGUGGGACGUCAUGUUGACAGAUGUGCAAACAAUUAGCAAGGAGAGAACAGGUAUCAGCAUUGGACUCAAGGGAGGAGCAAAUGGGCCGUUCAUUCCCGUCACAGAUGAAGGCAGUCGGAACUGGCUGUACAAACAAAUUGCCAUUGGUAAGUCAACAUAG